GGGGAGGAUUGUGCAGUUUUAUCAAGGAAUAGAAAGGGGGGGAAAGGGAAAACGAAAAAACCUAUUGUACAGUUAGGGCAGACGAAUUCUGCAGAUUGCGUCCCCAAUCAAAGGUUUAAAACCCUUCUCUCCCAAAUGCCAAAUCACAGAUUCCUUUUCUCUGUUUAAGUUUCCGCAGACUGCAAUCAUUACUAUUAGAUAGAUUUUUAGAUAGUGAAAAUAGCGGAACUAUAAUUUAUUUAUUUAUUUAUUUAUACAGAUUUAUUCAAUAAAUUAUCAAAUUGGGGGAGAAGGGUUUUUUAUUUAAAAAUAUACCCCUGUGUAUAGAUUCAUAUAUAUUGAAUAAUUUAGUGAGAGACUGCGAGAAGCAAGGAGAGUGAAAAUGUCGAAGAAGAAAGCAACGAUGACUCUCAAAGACUUCCAUGGCGGUUCCAUUCCUUCCGAUCUUCGACUCCCCUCUGCACCUGGCCUAAUGGCAAGACCUGCAGAUCGAGGUAGUUUUGAUCAGCAGUCGCCAUGGGGAAAUUCGAUGGGUAGGUCCAGUCAACGCUUGAGGCCGGCAUCAGCUGGGUCAGCUAGGAACUUUGAUGACAAGACCCCAUUUUUAAGUCACAGUGCCCACAUUGGCCGCAAUUUUGAUGAGGAUGAACGCAAGCCUUUGGAUGGGUUGUCAGGUUCUCGACGAACUGUCACUGAUGAGAGCAACCGUGCUCCGCCAAGUCGUGUGGUAGAACCUAAGAUAGAUAGUUUGGCUGGUGCUAGAGUUGGUAGUCAGCUGUCUUCAACCCCUCCCUCUCAUUUGUCUAGUGAUACAACUGUUAGUUCUUAUGCUGGAAAUGCUGGUAGGCAUAGUGAAGUUCAUAACAUGGGGUCGAAUAUUCAAAAUUUUAGGUCAGCUGUUGCUGGUUCCUAUUCAAAUCCAUGGGGUGUGAAGAAGGAGGUGGCGCAUGUGAGUGACCCUGUAUCUGCUUCAUGGUCAGCUCCGGAUGUUGCAGUGAAGCUGUCACAUGCUAGUGCCAUUGAGAAGGUCUCCUCUGGUCGGUGGCAUUCGCAACAUGUUCAUCCUCAAAAAGAUGUUGAGGCCAUUGGACAGUCGGAACCUGAGAGAGAAUUUCAUUGUCGGGGCAAAGACAUGUCCAACAGGAAUAUUUACAAUGGUACAAAUGUGUUAGGUGGAACUGACUAUCAUGAUAUUGCAUUGGCGAUGCAUAUGGAAAGGAGUCUGAUUGCUGGUGAUGGGAUUCACAAUGGUGGAAAGGAGACACUGUCUCAUGAUAGAGUCAGGAGUACCAUGUACACGGAGAUGCAUGGGAGGAAUCCUUCCGUUAAUGACAAGGAAUUUCAGCCACGUAGCACUACUGGAGUAUCUGGUGAUACUGAGUUACAGUCUCCAGGGACUUCAGAAACAUCAGAGCGACCCAAAUUGAAGUUACUUCCAAGAUCCAAACCGUUAGAGGAUUUAGAGCUUCCUCUCGAUUAUAAACAGGGACGCCAGCGGCCAAGUGAUCCGAUUCAUUUGAGGGUCGACAAUGAAUUACCCAGAACUGCAAUUCCUGUAGAACCUGGGUUUACUGGAUCAAUGGUCGUUAAUCAUGCGGUAGAGCGCCCAAAAUUGAGAUUAAAGCCUUGCUCACUACCUCUUGAACAAUUGGAGGGAAACACUGAAAUCAAAAGAAACACUGUGUUCGCAGGGGCUCGUCCACGAGAAGUGGUUCUGAAGGAUCGGGGGAUUGAUGGUGUUGCCGUUAACCUUUAUGACAGUCAACCUCCUUCUCGGAUCAAUCAAGAUGCUCCCAAGAUGGAUCCAGUGUCGGUGCAAGUUACUCCUGCCGGUUAUAGUGAGAAAGCUAAAAAAUUUCUUGGUGAUCAACGGGUAGCGAGGAGUUCUGAUAGGCGAGAUCAACGUAUGGACAUUGAAAGAACAGAUGCACGGAGGAGGAACAAAGGAAAUGAAAGUUGGAGGAAUUACAGAGAAAUUGUAAAACACGAUGACCUGCAGCCGCAGCAACAGGAGAGGGACCUGUCACCUGACACCUGGUGCAAGCCUGUCGAAAGUCCAAAACCCGACUCCACGCCUGCCCCUGAGCAGCGUCAUGGGAAAGUGACUUCCGCUCUUGAGCUUGUGCAGGCCUUCUCCAGACCAGUCUCUGAUCCGACUAUUGCUGAUUGUCUUUCUGGCCCCCAAGGCAUUCCGAGCCAGAGUCAGAUAUCUUUUUCUCGGUUAACAGGUUGAGGCCCGAAGCCUCAGAUUAAUGGUUACUGAAUUUUCGCUAUAGCAGAUACAUUUAAAACGAGAGAAACUUUCACCCCCUCCAAAUGUUCGUUUACACCUGAAUCCCGGUGGGUUAUUUUCCCUAGUUCAUAGUGAUCAUUGAGAAGGGAUCCGAUUGGUACUUGACGCAACGUUCGAGCCACAUACAAACAAGAAAAUAACAUACAUUUUUUCUUCAUGUUGACAAUAAUCACAUAACUGUUGUAUUUCAGGAAAUUUAUCUAUUGACAGAUUUCCUAUUGAAGUUCAUCUAGCCUAAUUUGGGAUUUAUGA